AUGGCGCUGUUUUCAAAACGUCUGACCUGCUUCUACUGCGGUCGGCGCGCUUCUCAGCCCGUUCGUGGGCAGGUUCGCAAAUUCCACUGUGAACACUGCGAGGCCGAUAACUAUUUGGAUCAGAAUGGAGACAUCACAGACCCUCCAGCCGAGGACACGAAUCGUUUGAACCAGGGCCCUGAUGCCUCGAGUCCAGCCCUCGAAUCCACCGACUUUGCAGGAUCCAAUUCAUUCUGUUCGAAAUGCAUUCGAAACCAACAUUUGUUCAGAUCAUCGCUUGCUGCAUAUUUUCCGCCCUCUGACGAUCCGACGGAUGCCGAGUAUGAGCGCGGCUACGCGCAGUUCAAGGAAGGCCUCGAGGAAAGAUACCCACAAGUUUGCGAUGCCUGCGGGCCCCGGGUCCUGGAAGAAAUCCGUAAGAAAGGCUACGAAGCCAAGGCCGAUCACCUUCGUCGCAUGAUGGACCGCAGUCGAGCCAGCAAGACUCUACGACAGGCCAGGGAUCGCAGCUGGCAGAGCUUGCUUGUUUACGCCGGCGCGUUUGGUUACUGGACGAGCGUUGGUGGUCAGCUUGCAUGGGAUGUUACGAGCGUUUUGACCAGUCCUGGUCCAUCUUUUGAUCCUGACAUGUCUUCGGAUACUCCGGUCUCAAUGUUCUCCUGUGUGAGCCAGACAGCGCAGAUUGGUCGCCUUCCCAGUGAAUGCUCGUUCGAUCUGGCCUCAACUGCAGGAUUCGCGCUCAUCGCAGGGCUUCUCUCCAUAUGGUGGAAUCCGAAGCUGCGCAUGAAGGUAGAGGGUCGAACUGGCAGAUUCGCUGGGUUUGCUGAAUAUUACCAGGCGCAGCUUAUCACUCUCGUGGCUCGUUGCGUUUUCUGGGAACUGCUCAAGGACCCAUCUGCAAGCGCCCUUGGACCCAGCCUUCCCCCAGCAUUGCAUAUAUUCAUGAUUGCUUUCACGCUGUUGUCAGUUGUGAUUUCACGCCGCGUCGUUGACUACAACACCCAGCCUUUGGUAGAUUGGUCUGAUAACUCCUGGGAGAAGCCUCUACGAAGCGGUGGAGCAUCUCCUGUUUCCGGCUCCAGUCCUUCAAGAGAGACUGUCACACCCAGGCCUGCCGGUGGCCUACUCGAUCAGCGGUUUCCGUUGGAUAAGCUGGCUCCUCGUUUGCCCUCGGCGAGACCACCGCCAGGUUUCCCUACUCCUCCCCCGGAAGUGGACGAAAUGGAAUGGACACCAUCAGCCGCUCAACCUGUUCUCCAGCCGAAAGUGAGCGUCCACCGACAGGAACGGCCCUCUACUUUUGAUGGCCCUUCCCCUUUCACUGGCAGCCUUCCACCUGCUCCGAAGCCGCCGGCUUGGAAUCUCCGCAAUCAGCCAUCAGUAAAGCCCAUUGAGCAGGUUGUUCAACCUAACCCAUUUCACAGAGGUCUACCUAACUCUCAAAACCAAUGGCAACUGAAGGCUUCGAGCCCGGAACCGGUGUUUCGGCCCCCAUCAUUCUUUCCGACGAGCGAUCUCAAUACUUCUACUGGCCUAGAAACAUUGUUUGAGCGCGCAUUCGACAUUGACCCUGAUAGUCCCAAGAGGGACUGGGAGCAACCACCGCCCAAUCAGAAAUCCUACUCUCCCCCUUCAAGUCAAAUUGUAUUCCAAUACCUUCGACUCGCUCUGUUAUUGGGAUCUAUGACUGCCUGGACAUUCUCUCAGAAUCACCAGCUUUCGAUUCCCGGAAACUAUAUUGAAGCCUGUGCUUUGGGAAGUGCCAGUCUUAUUGCUGGCUUUGCUCUCCUGGAAGCAGUGAAAAGACCUCUGGUGCACUGGAAUGGCAUGGAGAUCUUGGUCUACGUCACUGAGCUCGCAGCUGCCGUUCAUCUUGGGGCUCAUUUGCCGCAAGCAUCUUAUGAACGGGAAUACUUUGACCGAUAUGGCAAAUUGCUUCUUGUCUUCAUGGCUGUUCAGGAGGGGCUCGGGUUAUUAACUUCAUACAAAGGGGCAUCAGCUCCCGCGGAUCCCGAACAAUCCAAGGCACACAGCCCAGUGUCUCCGCAGCCCGUUUCGCCGCAGCCAGCAUCGCCACAUUUAUCGUCCCCAGUUCAACAAGCUCUUCCUUGGUCUCCCACUCAUUCCACAUUCGGCAGCCCUCCUCCAGCCCCAUCCGUCGCUUCGCACUCAGAAGCUCCCUCCCUUUCCUUCUCAACGACCACUGGCAGCUCUAGCUUUUCUUCGGGGCUGUCAUCAGCCCUACCACCUGCUCCCAAUUACCGAAUUGCUUCAUCUCAGAGCCACAAUCGGUACCAGACAGCGCGCAAGAAUCCUCACAGCUUCACGAUGAGUGAUCUACAAGUGAACGAUCCACCAUCGGACUACGAUCAAGACUCAGACACUGAAACCGUGGCCACUACCACCACCACAAUGACCGAUGCCACUACCCGUAACAUUCGGUACGGCCGGCCUCCCAGCUCCGAGUUUGGCUCAGCUUUUUCUCCUCGAAGGAACGAGCUUGGUCCAGGGAUCAGUGGUCUGAGUCUGGAAGAUCGCCCUGCUUCUCGGCGCGUUACUCGCAGUCAGACACAGCAAGGGCUAACGGGACGAAGAUUCCUAGGCCGUGUUGUCAAAUGA